GCGGGAGGAAGGAGCGCUCGCUCGCCCGCCCGCCGCCUCGCUGCCUCCCCGGCGCUCGCUCUGCCGGCUCCUAGGUUUGCCGGCUGCUCCUCCCACCCGCGCCCGCCUCCUCGCUCGCUCGCUCGCUCGCUCGCUCGCUCCAGCCGGUUUCCGAGCCCCGCGGUGAGCCCGGGCGAGUGCGGGGCGAGGGACCCCGGGGCUAGCGCCGAGCAGGGGGCGGAGGUCCGGGCAGAGCGCAGCCGGCCGGGGAGGGGCCAUGUCCGGCGCGGGCGCAGCGGGACCCGUCUGCAGCAAGUGACCGAGCGGCGUGGACGGCCGCCUGCCCCCCUCCGCCACCUGGGGCGGCGCGGGCCCCGGUGCCGGGUGCCCGGAGCCCGGGUCGCGCGUAGAGCCGGCGCGAUGCACGUGCGCUCGCUGCGCGCCGCGGCGCCCCACAGCUUCGUGGCGCUCUGGGCGCCCCUGUUCCUGCUGCGCUCCGCCCUGGCCGACUUCAGCCUGGACAACGAGGUGCACUCGAGCUUCAUCCACCGGCGCCUCCGCAGCCAGGAGCGGCGGGAGAUGCAGCGCGAGAUCCUCUCUAUCUUGGGCUUGCCCCAUCGCCCGCGCCCCCACCUCCAGGGCAAGCACAACUCGGCGCCCAUGUUCAUGCUGGACCUGUACAACGCCAUGGCGGUGGAGGAGGGCGGCGGGCCCGACGGCCAGGGCUUCUCCUACCCCUACAAGGCCGUCUUCAGUACCCAGGGCCCCCCUCUGGCCAGCCUGCAAGAUAGCCGCUUCCUCACCGACGCCGACAUGGUCAUGAGCUUCGUCAACCUCGUGGAGCACGACAAAGAGUUCUUCCACCCACGUUACCACCACCGGGAGUUCCGGUUUGAUCUUUCCAAGAUCCCAGAAGGGGAAGCCGUGACCGCAGCCGAAUUCCGAAUCUACAAGGACUACAUCCGGGAACGCUUCGAUAAUGAGACGUUCCGGAUCAGCGUUUACCAGGUGCUUCAGGAGCACUUGGGCAGGGAGUCAGACCUGUUCCUGCUGGACAGCCGCACGCUCUGGGCCUCGGAGGAGGGCUGGCUGGUGUUCGACAUCACGGCCACCAGCAACCACUGGGUGGUCAACCCGCGGCACAAUCUGGGCCUGCAGCUCUGCGUGGAGACCUUGGACGGGCAGAGCAUCAACCCCAAGUUGGCGGGCCUGAUCGGGAGGCACGGGCCCCAGAACAAGCAGCCCUUCAUGGUGGCCUUCUUCAAGGCCACGGAGGUCCACCUUCGCAGCACCCGCUCCACAGGGGGCAAGCAACGCAGCCAGAACCGCUCCAAGACGCCCAAGAACCAGGAAGCCCUGCGGGUGACCAACGUCGCAGAAAACAGUAGCAGUGACCAGAGGCAGGCCUGUAAGAAGCACGAGCUGUACGUCAGCUUCCGAGACCUGGGCUGGCAGGACUGGAUCAUCGCUCCCGAAGGCUAUGCUGCUUACUACUGCGAGGGGGAGUGUGCCUUCCCUCUGAACUCCUACAUGAACGCCACCAACCACGCCAUCGUGCAGACGCUGGUCCACUUCAUCAACCCGGAGACGGUGCCCAAGCCGUGCUGUGCCCCCACGCAGCUCAACGCCAUCUCUGUGCUCUACUUCGACGACAGCUCCAACGUCAUCCUGAAGAAAUACAGAAACAUGGUCGUCCGGGCCUGUGGCUGCCACUAGUCCCUCCCCGGAGCUCAGAUCCUCGGGGGCCACGUUCUUUCAGGAUCCUCGGUCUCCCGCCACCCCCUGCCUUGGCAAGGCACCAGCAGACCCGCUGCCCCUCGAGAGGCCUGUCCCGCCCCCGUCCCCAACCUCAACGGUGUGGGAGCGUCAAGGAAUUUGAGAGGUGAAUGCCUUUUGAUCAGGUUUUCACCGGCCUCCUAUGGACAACAUCCUACAAGCUGCUGCAGGCAAAGCCUGAAGGAAGACAAUAUAUAUAUAAAGAAAAAUGGCCCGGCCGCGAUCAUUGGCUGUGAAGUCUCUGCCGUGCACUGACUCGUUCCCAGGGGUAAUUAGGAGCGCCCUUCAGCCGGGCCCCCCAGCAGCGGGAGGAAAGGGGCGCGGCGAGGCGUGGGCGCGUUGUGUCUGUGCGCAAGGAGAGUUAACACAGAAGUUCCUGUAAUAAAUGUCACAAUAAAACGAAUGAACGAAAAUGGUUAGGAUGUUACAGAUAUAUUUUCCUAAACAAUUUAUCCCCAUCUCUUGGUUUACUCUGGUUUCGUAAACAGAAGCUGUGGCUGGGGGAGGAUGGGGAGACACCCCCCCACCCCCACCCCCCCGUCAUUCCAGUCUGGUUUCAUUCUGAGACUUGCAGAGGCCCACUGUUUAUAUAGACUUGCCUAAAUCUAAGAUUUAGCCGGGCAGGGAAACGGCAGAUUUCUGCUCGCAGGACGGGGGGUGUUGACCUUGAAGGAAAAACAUGUUCAGCUGGGGGUGUGUGUGUGUGUGUGUGUGUGUGUGUGUGUGUGGUGGCAGAGAUUAAAAUAGGCAUGUGGAGUGCUGGCAGACUUUGGAACCGGUUUCCCGGCUCUCCUCACGGUAGGAAACUCGAUGUGGCAUACCAGAGUGGACGGGACAGCCAGCGGGACAGCACCUGUAGCGACACCUUGCACUCUAGCCAACAUGGCCCCAUUUAAAGGAGUGCCAAGGAAGCCCAGCUCUAGAUCGGGGUGGGGUGGGCGGGGGUGCUGGCCACCGCCCCGGGGGGCUCCCCCGUUGGGCCGUAGAUGGACAGCAGCGUUCUGAGGUCUGGGCUCCAACCGGGGCCCCCGGUGGCCCCUGUUGAGGGCUCUGCAAACAAUCAGCUCCUUGAAGUAAGGAGCAGAUGACGUGGUUUAGAUCUGCUGGAUGCCAAUCUCAGAUGGAAGGAUCUAGAAGCCGCUUUGGGAGUGACGUCCUAAUCGGGUGUGCCAACUCCAAGUUGCCAUUUCUGAUGUGGCUCUUGGUGUGAGCCUCCCUUCCCUUGGCCAGUGGGUCCCCUAAAUGCUGUGCACGCAGCCACUAGCUGCCCCACAAGCCUUGGGGAGCUCUGGGCAGUCUAGAGCAGGGUUAUCCAGAUGAGGCUAACCCACACGAGGCUUCAUCCAGAUGAGGCCUGUGCCCCUGGAGUCCCGUCCAGCAAGGGAUUGUUUUCUCCACCUUGGUUAAGUUGGUUCCUGGAAACACCGGAGCCCCCCUUUUUAUCUUCUUUUAUUUUUCUUCUUCAGUAGCUUAGGCUGCAGCCUUCACUCGGCCCGGUCAGUAGGGAAGAGUCACUGUCUUUGCUGUGCUUUGUUUUACCUGUUGGCAGAUCUGGGGAUUUUUGUGUGAUUCGCUCUAGGUGCAAGUUUUCUGGCCACUUGUACCCCCACUGGCCUCUGGCUCGCAUCGUCUGUACAUUGAAACAUGUAAAUAGUUGUUACAAAACAAAGGAAAUUAUUUAUGUCCAUCGGAAGCUCACUUUACACCUUCUUCGGUCCCUCGUUCAGGAUGAUGAGUUCGCUUCCCCCCCCCCCCCACCCCCGGCCUGUUUGUUUUCUUAUUUAAGACUAUUUAUUAACGGUCAGACCAUUGUACCUUCAGCUGUUGCAUAGAGCGGUCCUCAGCGAAUUUUCUGUAUAAAUAGACAAAAUAAAGAGGGUUUUUGACUUUCCAAUAAAAGGAGACAUUUGGUUCUGA